GAGAGACUAAACUUAGUUGCGACAAAAACAGAAAACAGUUCUGACGUGUUGGAAAACGAACUCCGCUCCUCUUGCUCUUGCUCUUACUCUUGCCUUUGGUCUUGCCUUUGGUCUUGCCUUUGGUCUUGCUGUGGCAUUCUCCGCUAGCUGUGGCCUCCGCUAGCUGCGGCUCUCGCUCAGGAAGAGACGGGCGAAAACAAAAAACGCGAAAAGCCAUUUCGACAUUCUCGCGGACGCAACUGAACGAAUCGGUCGGAACGGCAAAGAACUGAAUCGCAUCAGCAGCAACAGCAGCAGCACAGAUACAGAUACUUUUCAUAAUUAAGAUUUUUUUUUGCGUUUUCCGCUGCGCGAUAUUUGCUUUUCACCCAAUUUCCCCCGCACUGGUUAUGUAAGGGGUGUGUUUACUCCUCGCUGGGCAAAGCACUCGUCGGGUCGUCUCCGACAUGCAAGUGAAGGCAUAGGAAAGUCAAGGUCGCCACCCCCACCCCCACCAGCAGCGCAGCCGCCACCAUUGCACCCCGUUACUGGCAGCCGGGGGGGCCAUGUAGACGCGACAAUCGAAACAGAAAUCCAAUUGUCGAAUCGAGCAGCACCGAGCAGCGCAUAGAAAAUGAACAGCUGGGGAACGGGCAUGGCCGAUGCCACCUGCCCCAGGGAGGACAAUGCCACAGCGACAGCUGGCGCAGAGUGGCACUGGACGGCUGAUCUCUGGCUGGAAUUGUACCCCAGUUACCUGGAGAAGCUGCAGGUCAUCCUGGACCUGGCCAGCUGGCUGCAUCAGCAGAGCCAGCACGUGGCGGAUACCCUCGCCCAGGAUGAGCUCUUCGUUGGCGUACUCAAGGUCUCUCUGCUGCUCCUCUUCCUCUACCUGAUGUACCAGCUGCAGCAGUGGAGCAGCCGGAGUCCGCAGGAGCCGCCCAAUGCCACGGCCACGGCCGACGUCACGAAGCAGCUGAUCUGCGAGUUUAACUUUGUCUCCGAGCAGGAGAAGCGCGCCGCCCAGGAGGCAGAAACGGAGGCCCUGCUCGAGGUGGAGGAGAAAAAGCGCCGCAAGAGGUUCACUAAGAAGCGCGUCUGCGUCUCGGCCGGGCCCGUUCUCAUCGCCCUGCGCCAGCAGUCGCGGCUACCCAAGCCGCAUCGACACCAGGCCUUGGUCUUUGAGCCAAUCUCUCCCAUGGAGCGCGUCCUGGAGGGCUACCUUCCACCGAGAGAGCAGCCGCUGACCAUCAAGCUUCCGCAGCAAGAGCCAGUCCCAGUCCCUGUUCCUGCCAGGCAGGAGGAAACAACGGAGCUGCCUGAGUUCAUUUCGGAGCCCCGCGGUACUCUGAGCACGACAGACGAGAUCUACCCGGACUCGUCGGACAGCAGUCUGUACGUGUCGGACGAGGAGCAGGAGGACGCCUCUCAGUAUUGCCGCGGCGGCUACCAUCCGGUGGUCAUCGGCGACAUAUUCGACAAUCGGUUUCGGGUCGUCCGCAAGCUGGGCUGGGGUCACUUCUCCACCGUCUGGCUGUGCCGGGAUCUCAAAGACGAGAAGUACGUGGCCCUCAAGGUGGUGAAGAGCGCCCCGCACUACAUCGAGACGGCCGCAGAUGAGAUUCGCCUGCUGGAGGCCAUCCGCGAUGCGGACCCGCUGGACAUGAAGCGGGAGCGGAUCGUGCGGCUGAUGAACCACUUCACGGUGCGCGGCGUGAACGGGAUGCACACGUGCCUGGUGUUCGAGGCGCUCGGCUGCAGCCUGUACAAGCUGAUCGUGAAGAACAACUACCAGGGCCUGGCCAUCGCUCAGGUGCGCAACAUCAUCAAGCAGGUGCUCGAGGGACUGGACUACCUGCACAGCAAGUGCAGCAUCAUCCACACGGACAUCAAGCCGGAGAACAUACUGCUGGUGAUCGACAAUGCCGCAGCGAUGAACCAGCAAAUCGACGACGAGAUCAACAGUCUGCGCGUGAAGGGAGCCGACUUCCCCGACUCAUACAUCAGCUCCAUCGAGAAGCAGACCAAGACGCGGGCCAAAUGGCCGCUGAUCGAGCCGAACGGAUCGACGAACACCAACACGAACACGAGCAACAGCACGGGCAACAAUUCGACCUCUUCGACGCCGCUGGCCGCGGUGGCCAUGUCCUCGCUGGACAAGGACGACACCACCACCUCGUCCACCCUCAACUCGAACACCACCUCCUCGCUGGCCUCCAAAUACUCGAGUCUGCUCGGCGACAGCGAGUGCAACGGCAUCGGCGGUGGCGUUGGCCUGGUCGGGGGUCUGGGUGGUGGCGUCGAGAGUCCCAUUCUGAGUAACCGAUAUCGAGCCGAGAAGAAAAUCACUGCCAAGUCUUCCGUGGAAUGCGACGACGACACCCUGGGCGACAACAGCACCAUGGCCAGCGAUACGCCCACACCUAGCGAUGAUCCCGACCCCGAUCACGACGCGAGUCACAGUGCCCAGGCGGACAAGGUAAACAGCUGCCCAGCUCCAACUCCAACUCCAACUCCAACCCCGCCUCCGCCAGCCUCCACCAACAACUCCUGCCCCUCCUACAACGCCAAUACGAAUACAAACCCAAAGAUCAACACAAAAACUCAAAGCACGUGCACGUCCAUGCCCAUGCCCAGCGAGUACAGCAACAACCAGAACGAAAACCAGAACCAGAACUGCCCCUCCACAAGCGCCAUAUCGGUCACUCCUAGUGCAACUCCUGCCACCGCCUUAGUUUCCACCUCCACCUCAGCCUCAGCCACGCCCCCCAGCACGUGCACGUAUUCGUUCACGCAUCUAGCGCCAACAGCAACAACAACGACUCCAACAACUGCAACAACUGCAACUGCAAGCACAGAGCUGUACAAUGGCGACCAUACAUCUACAACAACAACAACAACAACCAACGCGACCUCAACAACGACAACAACAACAACAACAACAACCACAACAACAGCAACAAACACAUCCGCUAAACUAAAUGUCCAUGCCAAUGCCAUUCCUUCGCAGAACCAGAGUCAGAGUCAGAGUCAGAGUAGCCAGAACAACACCUACACGAUACAGUCGCUCAUCAGCAACAGCAACGUGCGGGUGAAGAUUGCGGAUCUGGGCAACGCAUGCUACGAUUACCAUCACUUCACUGAGGACAUACAGACGCGACAGUACCGAUCGAUCGAGGUGCUGCUGGGGGCACCCUACAACUAUACCGCCGAUAUCUGGAGCACCGCCUGCCUGGCCUUCGAGCUGGCCACCGGCGACUAUCUGUUCGAUCCGCAUGCUGGCGAGUCGUACAGCCGGGACGAGGACCACUUGGCGCACAUCGUCGAGCUGCUUGGCUCCAUUCCGCAGUCGGUGAUACUGCGGGGCAAGAGCGGUCUCAAAUACUUCAGCAGUUAUGGCAACCUGAGGAACAUCACCAAGCUGAAACCCUGGAGCCUGAUGAACGUGCUCGUGGAGAAGUACGACUGGGAUCCGGUGGAGGCCAAGAAGUUCUCCGACUUCCUGCUGCCCAUGUUAGAGUACAAUCCCGUCAUACGCGCCUCGGCGGCCGAGUGCCUGCAGCAUCCCUGGCUCGAGCAAGAGGAGUUCGUCUAGACUCUAGAGUCUAGACAGAGCGCUGGAGAGGCAACAGACACAUAGGCCUAUGUGACUCAUAGACCCAUGAAUAUUGCAUAACAUACGUAUAUACAUACUCAUAUUUCUAGGCUUAACUUUUAUAUGCGACCCAGUUUGUUAUAAACCAGAAAUUAUAGUUGAUAGCGUUGGCAGCGGAAACGGAAA